CCCAGCUCCAGCCCCUGCGCUUGCCAGCCCCACCUGAUCCCCGGCCGGAACCGAAGGCUACUGCCCGGGGCCCGUCGAGCCUCCGCUCCGGUGCCCGCGCGGUGCCCGCAUCCCGGAGUCCGGCUCGACCGGUGGCGGCGCUGCAGGUGCCCCCGGGGCCGCCCACGCAGCCCUCUGCUGCCUGGUCUCGGCCUCCCCGCCCGGGGCAGCGGCCACCAUGUUCUCCUGCGUGAAGCCCUACGAAGAGCAGAACUACUCAGCGCUGAAGCGGGCCUGUCGGCGCAGGAAGGUGCUCUUCGAAGACCCCAACUUCCCAGCCACCGACGACUCGCUGUACUACAAGGGCACCCCGGGGCCUGGCGUCAGGUGGAAGCGGCCCAAGGACAUCUGCGAGGACCCCCGCCUCUUUGUGGACGGCAUCAGCUCCCACGACCUGCACCAGGGCCAGGUGGGCAACUGCUGGUUUGUGGCAGCCUGCUCAUCGCUCGCCUCCCGAGAGUCGCUGUGGCAGAAGGUCAUCCCCGACUGGAAGGAGCAGGAGUGGGACCCCGAGAAGCCCGAUGCCUACGCGGGCAUCUUCCACUUCCAUUUCUGGCGCUUUGGGGAGUGGGUGGAUGUGGUCAUCGACGACCGGCUGCCCACGGUCAACAACCAGCUCAUCUACUGCCACUCCAACUCCCCAAACGAGUUCUGGUGUGCCCUGGUGGAGAAGGCCUAUGCCAAGCUGGCGGGCUGUUACCAGGCCCUGGAUGGAGGCAACACGGCGGAUGCGCUGGUGGACUUCACAGGCGGCGUGUCUGAGCCCAUCGACCUGACCGAGGGUGACUUUGCCAAUGACGAAGCCAAGCGGAACGCGCUCUUCGAGCGCAUGCUGAAGGUGCACAGCCGGGGCGGCCUCAUCAGCGCCUCCAUCAAGGCCGUGACGGCGGCGGACAUGGAGGUCCGCCUGGCGUGUGGCCUGGUGAAAGGCCACGCCUAUGCCAUCACCGACGUGCGCAAGGUGCGCCUGGGCCACGGCCUGCUGGCCUUUUUCAAGUCCGAGAAGCUGGACAUGAUCCGCCUGCGCAACCCCUGGGGCGAGCGGGAGUGGAACGGGCCGUGGAGCGACACCUCAGAGGAGUGGCGGAAGGUGAGCAAGAGCGAGCGGGAGAAGAUGGGCGUGACUGUGCAGGAUGAUGGCGAGUUCUGGAUGACCUUCCAGGACGUGUGCCAGUACUUCACCGACAUCAUCAAGUGCCGCCUGCUCAACACGUCUUACCUGAGCAUCCACAAGACCUGGGAGGAGGCCCGGCUGCGCGGGGCCUGGACGCGGCACGAGGACCCGUGGCAGAACCGCAGCGGGGGCUGCAUCAACCACAAGGACACCUUCUUCCAGAACCCACAGUACAUCUUUGAUGUGAAGAAGGCAGAAGAUGAAGUGCUGAUCUCCAUCCAGCAGCGGCCUAAGCAGUCCACCCGUCGGGACGGCAAGGGCGAAAACCUGGCCAUCGGCUUCGACAUCUACAAGGUGGAGGAGAACCGCCAGUACCGCAUGCACAGCCUGCAGCACAGAGCCGCCAGCUCCAUCUACAUCAACUCGCGCAGUGUCUUCCUGCGUACGGACCAGCGGGCGGGGCGCUACGUCAUCAUCCCCACCACCUUCGAGCCGGGCCACACCGGCGAGUUCCUGCUCCGAGUCUUCACCGACGUGCCCUCCAACUGCCGGGAGCUGUGCCUGGACGAGCCGCCCCGCUCUUGCUGGAGCUCCCUGUGCGGCUACCCGCAGCUGGUGACCCAGGUGCACGUCCUAGGGGCUGCUGGUCUCAAGGACUCCCCGACAGGGGCUAACUCUUAUGUGAUCAUCAAGUGCGAGGGGCACAAAGUCCACUCAGCCAUGCAGAAGGGUACCUCGACACCCGAGUAUGAUGUGAAAGGCAUCUUCUACCGCAAAAAGCCAGGCCAGCCCAUCACUGUCCAGAUCUGGAACCACCGAGUCCUGAAGGAUGAGUUCCUGGGCCAGGUGCAGCUGAAGGCUGACCCCGAUGACCUCCAGGCCCUGCACACCCUCCACCUCCGGGACCGAGACAGCCGGCAGCCCAGCGACCUGCCAGGCACCAUUGCCGUGCGCAUCCUCAGCAGCGCCUCCCUCACGGCCGUCUGAGGCCUCUCUGCCUCCCCGGCCCCCACGGUUCUCACCGCCACCUGCAUGUCCCCGGCCAGGGGUUAGCCUGGGAGCUAGGACACUGCGACCUUUUCCCAACGUUCCCCCGACGCGCUGUGUGACCUUGGGAGGUCUCUGCCGCUCUCUGGGCCUCAGUGUCCUGAGGACCCCACAGCGUUCCUUUCUCACGGAGACGUCCUCUUGCCUGAGAUUUAAACAGCCCUCCUUUCCCCAGCUGUCCCCGCUGCUAAGGGACUCGACCCGUUGAAAAUGUUCCCCCCCCCCGGCCCUGCUGUCAGCCCACGGAGUGCCAAGAUGUCACUUGUUUACACACAAACUGCCACAGCCCCAAACCCACUCUCGCCCCUCCUUUCCUGCGCCUGCCCCCGUGUCCCGGACGUCGCUUUCUCUGUCACUGAACUUGACUUUCUAGCCACCUGGAAAGGGCUCUUGGCCCUUCCUGGGUUCCUGCUCCGGCCGGAAUUUGGGAAACAUGCAGGUGACGUUGGUUCAUUCUUGAAUCCCAUCCACCUGCCCAUCCACUCAUUCCUUCAACAGAGAUUUGCCAAGUGAGUAAGCGACCCCGUGAGACCCCAGGGGGAGCUGGGCCCCUGCCCCCGGCUCCGGGAGACCUGGCGUCAAUGCUGGGCCGCAGCUCUGCUCCGAGUCCCCUCUGGCACGUGGUUGGAUGCCCAGAGAGCUGCAGCUACCGUCUCACCCCGUGUUGAUCUCACCCCCGGCCUCUGGUUUAAGGCCCCCCGAGAAGUUUUGUCAGCGAUGGAAAGGAAGGGCGUCUUCCUGUCUCCACGGCCCUGGUCCCAGAAGGAGUGUGCCCAGGGGCCAGGCGGGUAGGGAGGACAUGUGGACGCAAGGGGGAGGGACAUGUCCUCAGGACCCCCUUUGCUGCAAGCACGGGAACUUCCUGGGAGAAGGGGCUCCGGGUUGUUGGCAUCAGGGCUUGGCAGGAGAGAGGGAAGCCCAUCACCAGACCAGAGGCUCUCGGCCAACAUUCCCCCCAAAAUGCAGCCAGCGAGGCCACAGCCCUCUUCCUGCUGCCCAGACCAAAAUGUUCCUUUCAGUCCUCAACAUUUUAUAUUCUUUCUGUUUUAAAACGCUCCGUUUUAACCAGGGGUUUUAAAAGGAAAACUGAAAGCCGGUGGACCCCUUUUCUCCUCUUAAACCCCAGUUCUUGUGGUCCUCUGAUUUUAUUUUUAUGUUUUUAUUGAUUUAUUUUAUUUUAUUUUUGUUAGAGAGAGGAAGGGAGAGGGAUAGAAACAUUGAUAAGAGAGAAACAUCAUCAAUUGGCUGCCUCCUGCACGCCCCCUACUGGGGAUCGAGCCCCCCUGGGCAUGUGUCCUGACUAGGAAUCGAACCAGUGACCUCUUGGUUCCUGGGUCGAUGCUCAACCGCUGAGCCACACCGGCUGGGCUGAUUUUAUUUUGAUUCCACUUGGGGAGGGGUAAGGAGAAGCCAGACCUUCUCAGAAGGGGUCUGGAGGUGGAUAAAGAAGAGGGUGUGUUGUACUUUGAUGUUUUUCAAGUCAGCAUCAGCCAUGCGGGGCGCUGUACCCACUUAGGGUCUCUCUUAACCCUUCUCGGGCUCCGGAUCGGGCCACGUAAAUAAAAACGUUCAGCCGGCUCAAGAACAGGCAUGCCUGUGGGCUUGCCAGGAAGUCCUUCGGAAACCUGAAUUCCCGGCCCCAGUGUCCUGGCUGGAGGCGCUGCAUUCUGGACUUUGCCUCCUCACCCUGUGGCCAGCUCUGCUCCUGUGUCGGGGCCCCGGGCCACGUGAGGGCCAGGAACUGCACAACAAGGAGGACAGGAGGACUCCUGGGCAAGCUGCAACUUCCUCUCGAGAACCUGGGCCUGGGGCCCGGACCCUACCGAUGACCAGGAGCAAAUCAUCCAACCUCCUGUGCCUCGAUGGCCCCCUUCUGCAACGCGGGGCCAGUGAUUCCUGUUUGCCAGCACUCUCACGAACAAGUGCUGAAUAAGGGCAAAACCACACCCUUUCUCUGUGUCUCUGUAUGCGUGCACACUGUACACUCUCAUGUAAUCACUUCUCAAUGUCUAUUUCAAAUGAACACUCCUCUGAGUCGGGGUGGAGAAGCAAGGGCCGGAGACGCCAACGUGGGGCCUCCGGGACUGACGUGUGGAUCUGUUCUCAGCUGUGUCCACCUGGGCCUUGGGUCAAACCAGGACCACCUGGCAGGCCUGUGGGCUCCAGCCCUGCCCCCCAACAGGACUUGUUCGGGAGCCCUGCCCUUGCUUUCUGCUCCUCGGGGUGGGCCAGGCUGGAUCCUGGAUGCGUGGAGGCCCCUGGUUCCCGGAAGUCUUGGGGAUGGGGCAGGUGAGGUUGGAGUUCUGGGCUGGGACUGGAGGGUGGGUGGGGAGAACAGCUGCUCCGUGCGCCUGAGGCACCCUCAGUCCACAGGGGCCUGUCUCCGUGUGCAGAUGGGCCGGGCCUCCGGUUCAUACCACCCCAUCUGGGCCUCACUCCCCUCAGGGCCCACCGUGAGGCCAGGGAGACCUGUUCUGUUCUCAGAAUAAACAUGACCACAAUCUCAG